UUGAUAAAUAUAACUUCUGGUUUUUACCUAAACAGAUAUCUUCAGAUCCACAAGAUCACCUUGCAAGACCUUCCACUUGCUCGUCAUCUCGAUGCUGCCAACCGAAUCAUCGAAGGUGAACGAAGAGAUGAACGCCUUUGGCGAUCCAUUUGGGAUCCAGCCAUGAGAGACCAUCCAGAAGCGAGAAGCGGAGAGUAUAACGUCCUCGUUAACUCUAAAACAUACUUCCUCUACAAUACAACGCUAGAGGAUCCCUUUUCCACGGAGUUUUUCGUGUGGAUUGAUGCCGGAUAUGGACACGGUAAUCAAAGUGUUUUUCCAUAUGAUAACAAAUGGAAACCACACUUCCCAAGAAAUAAGAUCUCAUUGAUAAAACUGACACCCGUGCACGACCCUGUCACCGGUUACACCAUUGACAGCUUGUAUCGACGAAAUUGGUCUGUGAUUUCGGGUGGUUUCGUAGCAGGAGACAAACGGUCUAUCGGACAACUACACACCCUUGUCCACCGUAAAUUCAUCGAGCUCACAUAUAAAAACAAAGUUGAUGACGAUCAGACAAUCCUUGUUCUCGUGAUCAAUCAACAUCCACACCUGUUUUCCAUCACUCAUGGUGACUGGUUUGAUGCCUUCCGGUUAUUCGGGCAAAAAUCAAAUUAUUGA